AUGAGUGACGAAGGAGCGCCACCCGAUCCGGUGCUCGAGGUACCACCUCCAACUGAAAUCAAGGUCCUCGAGACCGCAGAUGACAUUCAGAACAGAAGGUCCGAAGUUCUGACACAUUAUGGUCAGUUCAAGGACUAUGCCAAGCUGAAGAGGGAUCGAUUGGAAGAAGCACGACAGUUCCAGUACUUCAAAAGAGAUGCCGACGAGUUGGAAGUUUGGAUUCUGGAGAAGCUACAGACUGCUGCAGAAGAAUCCUUCAGAGAUCCUACCAAUCUUCAGGUAACCAUCUCAUGCCGUGAUAACAUUUUCUUUUUAGGCUAAGAUUCAGAAGCACGAAGCCUUCGUGGCCGAAGUCGAAGCCCAUUCAAAUGCCAUUAAAAACUUGGACAAGACCGGUAAUGAUAUGAUCGCUCAUGGACAUUACGAAAAAGAGACUAUUAGAGUAAGUUACACACUCAUAGAGAGAUCAAUUGACUGUAUGACAAUUUAUGUAUUAAAAAUACACAGAAAAAACAAAAUUAACAAAAUAUUGUUGUAGAAACGUUUGGACCGUUUACACGAACUCUGGGACCAACUUUUCUUCAAACUUAAUGACAAAGGAAUCAAACUUCAACAAGCCUUGAAGCUGCUCCAAUUCAUGAGACAAUGCGACGAGAUGUUGUACUGGAUCCGCGACAAAGAAACCUUUGUCAACUCAGAUGACUUUGGAACCGACCUCGAGCACGUCGAAGUCAUGCAACGCAAAUUCGAGGAGUUCUUGAAGGAGUUGGAGAACCACCAAUACAGAAUCACGGAAAUCAACCAAGCGGCCGAGGACCUCGUCCACGAAGGUCACCCAGAACAAAGCCAGAUCUAUGACAAACGAGACGAGGUCAUCAAGGCCUGGCACAAUCUCGGCACGUUGACUGCCAACCGACGUGAGGGGUUGUUCGGAGCACAACAGAUACAGCGCUUCAACCGAGACGUUGAUGAAACGUUGGGAUGGAUUUCUGAAAAAGAAGCCGUUCUUGCCAGCGAUGACUACGGUAGGGAUCUGAACAACGUUCAAGCGCUACAGAGGAAGCACGAAGGUACUGAACGAGACUUGGCCGCUUUGGAAUCUAAGGUGAGUACUUGUAAAGCUAACCUACUUCAACAUAUGUUUGGCCCAUUUUUCUACUGUAACAUAUAAAAAUGUAUUAAACCUUUGUUUCAGAUGGAGAAAGUUGGAGCUGAAGCCGAACGUCUCAGCCAAUUGUACCCAGACAGAACCAGCGACAUCGAAGACAAACUGGGUGAAGCCAGAACUCGUUGGGAUGCCCUUAAGUUGAAGGCUUUGGACAGAAAAAGAAACUUGGACAAGUCCUACAACCUCCACAGAUUCUUGGCCGAUUACCGUGAACUCAUCGACUGGAUUCGUGGUAUGAAAGCCUUAAUCUCGUCCAACGAGCUGGCCAAGGACGUAGCUGGAGCCGAAGCUCUUCUGGAGAACCAUCAAGAACACAAAGGCGAGAUUGAUGCUCGUGCUGACAGCUUCGCUCAGACUUCAGAAUCCGGCCAAAGGCUGCUGAAUGAUGGGCUCACUGAUAAAAGCGACGAAGUGCGUGAUUAUCUCAAGACUCUAGCUUCUGAACAAUCAGAGCUCGAGAAAUUGUGGGAAGAGCGCAGAAUCCUGUACGAACAAUGUAUGGACCUCCAACUCUUCUACAGAGACACCAACCAGGCCGAGAACUGGAUGACCAAGCAAGAAGCCUUCUUGGCCAACCAAGACCUUGGAGAUUCACUGGACAGUGUGGAAAGCCUUCUGAAGAAGCACGAAGACUUCGAGAAGUCACUGGCAGCUCAGGAAGAGAAGAUUCGUGCUCUGGAUGAGUUCGCGACAAAGCUGAUCGAAGGUCAGCAUUACGCUUCUGAUGACGUUGCCAAGAGACGUCAAGGUUUGUUAGAUCGUCGUACUCAACUGAUUCACAGAGCCAACGAACGCCGUGCUCGUCUGGAAGAGUCGUUCAAACUCCAAUCCUUCGACCGAGACUGCGACGAAAUGCUGAGUUGGAUCAAUGAAAAGCUGAAGACCGCCAAGGACGAGAGUUAUCUCGACCCCACCAACAUUCGCGGCAAACUUCAAAAGCACGCCAACUUCGAGCAAGAGCUUCGCGCCAACAGAAACCGCCUCGAUGAGCUGAAGACCGAAGGCCAGCGACUCAUCGACGGAAACCAUUACGCCAGUGAGCACGUUGUCAACAGAAUUUCAGAAGUCGACAAUCUGUGGACCGAGUUGGUUGAUGCUACUCAGAAGAAGGCUACUAAGCUGAAUGAAGCCCACGAAGAACAGCAAUUCAACAGAAACAUUGAAGACGUUGAGAUUUGGCUGAGCGAACUUGAAGGUCAACUUCAAAGUGAAGACUUUGGCAAAGACCUGAUCAGCGUGCAGAACCUCCAAAAGAAGCUAGGUCUUCUGGAAAACGACUACAAUGCCCACAACGACAGAAUCGAAAACAUUAAGCGUCAAGCCGAGAGCUUCGCCCAAGGUGAACACUUCAAUGCUCCAAUCAUCGUCAGAAAGCAAGAAGCCUUGAACUCCAGAUUCGAACAGUUGGGAGAACCCAUGAACAAGAGAAAGAAGAAGUUAGACGACUCUUUGGAGGGCAACAAGCUCUUUCGUGACAUUGAGGAUGAACUGGCCUGGAUCAGAGAAAAGGAGCAGAUUGCUGCCUCCACGAACAGAGGUCGUGACCUUGUUGGAGUUCAGAAUCUGAUCAAGAAACAAGCCGCUCUGAUUGCUGAAAUCAACAAUCACGAGCCUCAAAUGGAAUCUGUAGCUCAAGCUGCCGAGAACAUGAUCAAUGGAGGUCACUUCUUGGCCAUUGACAUCCGUGACAAGUUGGCCCAGCUCAGAGACAACUGGAGAAAUCUGAAGAACAAGGCCGAGAAGCGAAGACAAGACUUGGACGACUCGUGCCAAGCCCACCAAUACUUGGCCGAUGCUACCGAAGCCGAGUCCAGAAUGAGAGAAAAGGAGCCGGUUGUUGGAUCUACUGACUACGGAAAGGACGAAGACAGUGCUGAAUCUUUGUUGAAGAAGCACAGAGCACUCAUGUCGGACUUGGAAGCCUUCUACUCUACGAUCGAGAAUCUGAAGAACGAGGCUGCGAAAUGCAAGUACCAAGAACAACCCGGAGGCCAGCUUGGCAAAGAAUGUGUUGUAGCUUUGUACGAUUACACCGAGAAGUCACCUCGUGAAGUCUCCAUGAAGAAAGGAGACGUCCUCACCUUGCUGAACGCUACGAACAAGGACUGGUGGAAAGUUGAAGUCAACGAUCGUCAAGGCUUCGUGCCGGCUUCCUACGUGAAGAAAGUGGAGCCAGGAUCACAACAUCAUCAUCAAGCCAUUGCCCAACAAGCUCCAAACACCAUCAACGCCAAACAGCAACAGAUCACCGACCAAUACAUGAGACUACGUCAACUUGGAGAUCAGAGACGCAAGAAGUUGGAAGAGGCCUGCAAGGGCUACCAACUGUUAAGAGAAGCCAACGAUUUGGCCGAUUGGAUCAGAUCCAGAGAAGCCGUCGCUUCACAGCAAGAAAUCGGAACUGAUCUCGAACAAGUCGAGGUGCUCCAGAAGAAGUUCGACGACUUUAAGGGAGACAUGAAGGCCAAUGAAAGCCGUCUGAACGAAAUGAACCAAAUUGCCACAGCUCUGAUCAACGUUGGACAAACAGAAACCGCGGUUAAGAUUCGCCAACAGAUCGAUGACUUGAACCAACGUUGGAAGGCUCUCGAACAGAAGGCGGAACAACGUGAACAACAGCUUGACUCUGCUCAUGAAGUCCAACGAUUCCACCGUGACAUCGAUGAGACCAAGGACUGGAUUCAAGAGAAGAAUGAAGCCCUUGACUCUGAUGACUUUGGCCGUGAUCUUCGCUCCGUCCAAGCCCUUCAGAGAAAGCACGAUGGUGUAGAAAGAGACUUGGCCGCUCUUGGAGACAAGAUCAAGAAUCUGGACGAGAAGGCCAACAAGCUUCGUCAGACUCACCCCGAAGCCGCCGAACAGAUCUACGACCUUCAACGCCAAAUCAACGAACAAUGGAAUCACCUCACUCAGAAGGCGAACUCAAGAAAAGACAAACUCCUCGACAGCUAUGAUUACCAGCGAUUCCUGAGCGAUUACCGCGACCUCAUUCAGUGGAUUGCCGGACAGCGUCAAUACGUUUCGUCCGAUGAGCUCGCUAACGACGUUACUGGCGCUGAAGCCUUACUCGAAAGACAUCAAGAUUACCGUACGGAGAUCGACGCCAGGGCCCCUACCUUCCAAGCGUUCCAGCAGUUUGGGAAUCAGCUGAUUAACAACAAGCAUUACGCCACUGAAGACGUGAAACAACGCCUCCAAGACGUGGAUCAGGCUCGACAAGACUUGGAACAGGCUUGGUUGAACAGAAGAAAGGUCCUCGACCAGUGUCUUGAACUUCAACUGUUCUACCGUGAAUGUGAACAAGCUGACACCUGGAUGACUGCUCGUGAAGCCUUCCUCAACGCCGAUGACGGAACCGACAAUGUUGAGUCCUUGAUCAAGAAACACGAGGACUUCGACAAGGCCAUCGCUUCUCAACAGGAGAAGAUCAACGGCCUCAGUGAGUUCGCGAAGGAGUUAGCUUCAAGAGGACACUACGAUACGGGAGCCAUCGACAAGAAGAACGCCCAGAUUCUGGACCGUUGGGAGAGCUUGAAGGGAGCUUUGAUUGACAAGAGAUCAAAGCUCGGAGAGUCCCAAACUCUACAACAAUUCAGUCGAGAUGCUGAAGAGGUCGAGAACUGGAUCGCCGAGAAGUAUCAGAUCGCUCAAGAAGAAAGCUACAGAGACCCCACUAAGAUUCAGCAGAAGUACCAGAAACAACAAGCCUUCGAAGCCGAAUUGACGGCCAAUGCCGACAGAAUCUCGGUUUUAUUGAGUGCCGGUGAAAACCUGAUCAACAACGCCAAGUGUGGUGGAGGUGAAGUGGCAGUGUCAGACAAGUUGAGGUCGAUGAAAGAACAAUGGGACCUGUUGAUGAAAACCACCACGGAGAAGAGUUACCGUCUGAAGGAAGCCAACAAGCAGAAGAGCUUUAUGGCGGCUGUCAAGGAUCUUGAGUUCUGGCUUGGUGAAGUCGAAACCCUUCUGGCUUCUGAAGACUAUGGUCGUGAUCUCGGAUCCAUCGAGAACCUGUUGAAGAAACACCAACUUCUGGAAGCCGACAUCGCUGCUCAUGUUGAUCGUCUGAACGAGAUGGAUCAACAAGCUGACUCGUUGUUGGUCUCUGAACAGUUUGACAAUGCUCAGAUUGACGAACGUAGGAACGCCAUCAAGGACCGUUACGACAACGUGAAGAGAAAAGCUGCCGAGCGCCGGGAGAAGUUGAACAAGGCCAUCAACGUGCACCAAUUCUUGCGUGACAUCGACGAAGAAGAGAGUUGGAUCAAGGAGAAGAAGCUUCUUGUCAGCAGUGACGACUACGGCCACGAUCUUGCUGGUGUUCAGAAUCUGCGCAGAAAACACCGUCGUCUAGACAACGAACUGGCUACGCACGAACAAGUUGUCCAGAAUGUCAAAUCGAAGGGAAUCGAACUGCUGGAGGCCACUGACAUCGGAGGACCAGAAAUCAGACAAAGAAUGAUGGCGUUAGAAGACAGCUGGAAACAAAUCGUCGACCUCACAACUGACCGUGACCAGAAGUUGAACGAAUCCGAAGCCUUCCAGAACUUCAUUGGCAAGGUUGAGGAAGAAAGAGCUUGGCUGAACGAGAAACAACAGAUUCUGAGCAGCCCCAACUUCGGAGAAAACAUGGCUGCCGUCCAAGGGCUUCUGAAAAAGCACGAUACCUUCGACACCGACCUCGAAACUCAUCAGAAGCGCAUCGAUGACAUCGCUGUCCUCGGCAAAGACCUCAUCAACCAGAAGAACCAUCACGCCCCCGAGAUCGAACAACGUGUUCAACAACUACGUCGUGAUCUUGAACAUGUUAGAGGUCUGGCCAAAGAACGUCGUCAAAGACUCCAGGACAACAGUGCUUACCUCCAAUUCAUGUGGAAGUGUGAUGUUGUUGAGAGUUGGAUCGCCGAGAAGGAAGCCCACGUCAAGUCAGAAGACUACGGUCGUGAUUUGUCAUCAGUCCAGCUACUGUUGACCAAACAAGAAGCCUUUGACGCUGGACUGAAUGCAUUCCAACAAGAAGGAAUCCAGAGGAUCACCGAACUCAAAGAUCAUCUGGUUGCUGGGCAACAUAAACAGACUCCAGAGAUCGAGAACCGUCACAAUAAUGUUCUUCAACGAUGGCAACGACUCUUGGCCAACUCUGUAAACCGCAGAAAGCGACUGAUGGACACCCAAGCCGAGUACAAGAAGGUUGAGGAACUGUUCUUGAGCUUCGCGAAGAAAGCCUCCGCCUUCAACUCGUGGUUCGAGAACGCUGAAGAAGAUCUCACCGAUCCUGUACGUUGUAACUCAUUGGACGAGAUCAAGACCUUGAGAGAAGCGCACGCUGAAUUCCAGAAGUCUCUAGUCUCCGCGGAAAAAGACUUCUGUCAGCUACAAGAGCUGGACCGCCAAAUCAAGGCUUACAAUGUUGGACCCAACCCCUACACCUGGUUCACGAUGGAAGCCCUUGAGGACACCUGGAGGAAUCUCCAGAAGAUCAUCCAAGAACGGGAUGCCGAGCUGGUUAAAGAACAUGCUCGUCAAGAACAAAACGACAAGCUCCGUCAAGAGUUCGCUCAAGUCGCCAACAGGUUCCACCAAUGGCUACAGACGACGAGGUCGGAAAUGCUGGAAACCCAUGGAUCUCUGGAACAACAACUCGACAUGUUGAAGAGGAAGACCGGCGAGAUCAAAGCGCAACGAGAUCAUCUCUCCCAGAUCGAACAGCUUGGGGCAGCCCUCGAAGAAAGACUCAUCCUCAACAACAGGUAUACAGAACAUUCGACUGUAGGGUUGGCACAGGCGUGGGAUCAGAUCGACCAAUUGGCCAUGAGGAUGCAACACAGUCUGGAGCAACAGAUCCAGGCCAGAAACAACUCUGGAGUCAGCGAAAAGGCACUCAGAGACUUCUCCAUGAUGUUCAUGCACUUUGAUAAGGUAAAAAUAGUUCUAAAAUUACUUUCAAGCAUGACGAAACUUUCAAAAAUCACUUCUUUUGUCAAUAUUUCACAUUUGGACAAGAAAUUGUUUUCUAAAUUUCUAAAAAAAUUAUUUAUAACGAAAUGUCACUUUCUAUUGAUUGUGACGAAUCUAUACAAACUGAUGAAAAAUAGAAUUUAAAGCUUUCAGAAAAAUAUAUUUUUUUACUAAACACAACGUAUUCCAAAUUUUUAAUGUCAGCACUUAUUUAUAAUAUUUUAGGACAAGACCGGACGUCUCGACCACCAGAGCUUCAAGUCCUGCUACCGAUCUCUUGGCUACGAUCUUCCGACUGUCGAUGAAGGCCAAAACGAACCAGAAUUCCAGAGGAUCUUGGAUAUUGUGGAUCCAAACAGAGAUGGCUAUAUUACACUGCAAGAAUACAUGAGCUUUAUGAUUAACAAGGAGACAGAGAACGUCAACUCUAGUGAAGACAUCGAACGUGCCUUCAGGGCAUUGAGCCGCGAAAUGAGGCCGUAUGUCACGGCAGAGGAGCUUUAUGCUGUAAGUUUACUUACUACAAUGAUAGCAAAAGUUAUAGUAUUAUAGAACGGUAUUUUACAAACUUUUUGAUAAGAAUUAAAGUUAGACUUGUAACAUAUUGUAAUAGAUGUAAUUUUUUGUAUCUUACGAUUAUUGCUUCAGAAUUUGACCCCUGAACAAGCCGGCUACUGUAUGCGGCGUAUGAAGGCGUACGUGGAAGGCGGUACCAACCGUACCAUCCAAGGCGCCCUCGACUACGAAACCUUUGUCCACGAAAUGUUCCAAAGUUAA